AUGAUUCGUCAACAUUUUUUACAACAACAACGUUUAAAUCAUAAUCAUGAUCGUCUACUUGAACGCUAUCAACGUCUUAUCUCACCACAAAUAUCUGAAUUUCGUGCAUUUGGUACAAGUUCAUUACCUGGUCGAAAUUAUGAACAAUAUUUAAGAGACAUAAAUUGUAAUCCUUAUCGUAGAGAUUCAUUAGUUGCAUUAUCCCGAGCAGGUAUUGGUUCAUCAAGUGAAACAUAUCGAUGGUUGGGUAAUGAAGCAUCGGAAAUUUUACCAAGAAAUGUUAGUUCUAUCAUGAAACAUGCUCGACAACAACCAAUGUCAAUAGUACAUGCAGAAAAAUUUGAACCUGUUCAAAUUUAUGAGCAUCCAGUAUUUGGACCCACACCUGCUUAUCUUCGGCCUAUAUAUAAUGAAACACAACGUCAACGACUACGAGAAAUUGAUAAUGAUAGUAGUAGUAGUGAAAAUGACUAUGAAGUUCGAUCACAUAUUUCAGAUCAUGAAGAAGAAAGAAAAACUUCUUCGACUACUGUAAAAGAUGUUGACGAUGUUUAUGAUGAUGGACCUGAUUAUGUACCUAAAGGAUAUAUAUCAUAUAAAAAAUGGAAAGCAAAAUAUGAACAUCUUAUUCCAGUUAAUCCUCUUCUUUUUAAUAUUUAUAUUCAACGUCCAAAUGGAUCAAUUAAUAGCUUUGGUCGAUCAUUAUAUACAUCACUUAAUCAUAUUAAACCUCAUAGACCAUCAAGUCGUGAUGAAGAUGUAUCUUCUCCAUCUUUAUCAGAUACUGAUUCUGUUUCGUCUGAAGUACCUUAUGAAAAUACUUCAAUAUCAAGUCGACAAUAUAAUAGAUUGCAACCACAAUUAUUUCGUGGAACUAUUAAACCACAACCAUUAAAACCUAUUCGUGCAGGAGAUACUAUUGAUUUAUCGGACGAUGAAUUAACUUCACCUAAUUCACCCGUAUCCUAUUUAUCACGAAACAAACCAAAUUUAAUUACACCAACAUCAAUAUCUAACACCAUUCCAUCAACAUCGAUAAAAUCACCAUCAAUUCCAACAACAGGAAUAACAUCAUCUUCAUCACCAUUACCUCCAACAACAUCAUCAUCAUUAGCUCCCACAACAGUAACAACAUCUUCACCAUCUGUUCCAACAAUAGGAAGAACGUUAUCACCAUUAACUCCAACAACAGAAGCAACAUCAUCACUGCUUGCUCCAACAACAGAAACAACAUCAUCACUGUCAGCUCCAACAACGGAAAUAACACCGACCUUGAACACAUCACACGUUGCAUCUGGUUCACCAGUAUCGUCAACGAAUGCAUCAAAUAUUCCUCCUGCACCACCAUUGCCUCCAUCUUUAUUGACAACCACAUCUACUCAUUCAUAUCAAAAACCUUCAAAUUUUCCAAUUUCAUCACCUCCAAUUCCACCACCUGUGCCUAGACCUUUAUCAAAUUCCAGUGCAUCUGCUAUGUAUCAAACACCUUCAAUUGCUUCUCUUUCUUUAUCAUCGGCUCCACCACUUCCUAGUUCGAUACCAAUAGCAAAUUCAACAAAAGCAGUAACUUUUGGUGGUUCAUCAUCAAUUCCAAUAACAAAUAAGGAUAAACGUCGACAACAAAGGAAAAGACGAGCUCAAGCUGCUGCAGGUUUUGAUGUGCAUCCAUCAUCUUCAGAUGACUAA